AUGUUAAAUGAUAUUAAGAAACAUAUUAUAAAUAAGCGAGAUUUAUAUAAUGCUGUAUAUAAGUUUUGUCAGCAAAAUAAUUCUGAAGAUUCAAAUACAUCACAGAUGUUACAAUUAUUAUUACAAUAG